UAAUCAGUGUACCAAAUCUUAUGAGGAUAAGUUUUGACGUUUUGAUGAUGGCUACAUCACCAAUAACUGUAUGUGCUGUUUGUGAAGGUCAAUCAAUCACUCAAGAAGCGGUAAAAUGGUGCCCAGAUUGUGACGAAGCAUACUGUUCCAAUUGCCUAAAACAUCAUGGAAUUGCCAAGGCGACGAGGGAGCAUUCGGUUAUUGCUAUUGAACACUAUCGAGAUUUACCUCCUUUUAUAUUUGAAAUGACGAUGGAGUGUGAUUUGCAUAGAGCGCGAUAUCAGCUUUAUUGUACAAAACACGAAUGUCCUUGCUGCAUUAAGUGCAUCGAUUCAGAACACAAAAAAUGCGAAGACCUGUUGCCUCUUGAAGAUGUAGUGAGUGGAUCAAAGUCAUCUGCGGCUUUGGAUGAUCUCCAACAACGACUUGGGGACCUCCAACAAUAUUUUAAAAAUAUAAUUAUUGAAAAAGAAGAAAAUUCCACAGAAAUAACUCACACAUACAAAAAACUGGAAAAUGAAAUAAGACAAUUUAGAAUAAAGCUAAAUAAGCUUUUGGAUGAAUUAGAGGCCGAUCUUUUGAAGAGUCUGUCAGAUUUAGAAAAAGAAAUGAAAAAAACUUUAGUGAUUGUGUCCGAUGAAUUAAAAGCAAACGAGGAAAAGACGCUGAACUUACUUCAUGGAAUUACAUCAAUGAAACAACAUGCAUCAGAUCUUCAGGUUUUCUUUGCCAUCAAAGAAAUCGAAAAAGAAGUUGAGAUAGAGGAACAUAGAGCCGAGGAACUUGUGAAUAAUGAGAAUUUAAAUAUACAAACGUUUUCUUUGACUUUUGACCUCAAGUUACCGAAUUUUCUGGCUGCUCUGGAAUCAUUUGGAAAAAUUUCAACCGAAUCUCUUCCAUCAAAGAUUGUAUAUCAAAAGACGAAGGAAAAGCAAGCACAGAUAAUCAAAGAGAACUCGUUUGAAAAAGAGUUGAUGCUGACAAACACAUUUCGUGUUAAACGAGAAGGUUACAACUGGUGUGGUGGAACAGCAGUUUUAACUAAUAACAAAGUAUUGAUGUUAGAAGUUCCUGUCUACUUGUAUAAUAGAAAAAUUGGGGAACUGUGGACUGAACUUGAGGAUGAUUCGUGUGAAGGAUAUUUAGUCGUUCUAGAUCAGGAUGGAUCUUUAGAUAGAAAGGUCAGAGUUUCAUCAUGGUCUUAUAGCAUUGCUGCUAUCAAUUCAAAGACUGUCGCAGUUACAUCAAGUCGUCACCCGAAAAUAAUCAUUGUUAAUUUACAAAACAAGUCAAUACAGAAAACAAUAAACACAAAAUAUCCUUGUUAUGGAAUUACAUACUUUAAUGACAGUCUCGUUUACAGCUGUGGAGAAAAUGGCAUUGAAAUGAGAAAUUUAAUCAGCGGAAAAGUCACUAAAUUAAAGAUUGGAAACAAGACACAGUAUGAGCAUAUUGCUAUACACAACGAUAAGAUUUAUAUUUCUGAAUGCUGGGGACAAAAUAGUAUAACAUGCUAUAGUAUGGCGGGAAAAUUGAUAUGGAAAUGGGAAGAUAAUGAAGUUGUGGGAGGGAUUUUUGACCUAACUGUUGACAAAGAUUCAUACGUGUAUGGUGUUGGAACAAGAUCGACAUAUGUUGUUAUUAUUUCCCCAAACGGGAAACAAAGCAAAUAUGUCAGUAUUAAGGACAAACACCGAAUGUUGAAUUUGCGACCAAUAGGAUGUUGUCAGCAAAGUAGUAAACUAUAUGUAACUGAUGAUUUUCUGAAUACUAGAAUUUAUGAAAUAAAUUGAAAUGUAA